AUGUUUCACCGCCUGUCACCAAGAAACAUGUCCAGUCACGCAGAAAACCACAUGUUUACCCCAGCGUCGACCAGGUCAUCAAGGAAUCUCCCAAACGCUGCUCGUUUUUUGCAACUGCUAUGCUAUCACAAUUGUCGGGGUGAGCCGGCGCUCCUUGGCGUGCAUGCCCCUACUGACCAGUUUGUCUACCUCGAUUGGGUGUUGUUUAUCGUUUUUGGCAUACAAAACGUGGUGAGAGAUUCGUCUCAGAUCCGCACUUGGCUCUCCAAAGACCUGUGGAAUUCAGGUUUCCUCACAUGA